UUAAAACAAAAGUCACUUCUAAAAUCCCUAAGCAGCCCGUGCCCUCUUCCUCUUCCCUUUUUUUCCCAAUCCACCUCCGGUCCUCCACACGGCUCCACCCAAUUCCAGAAUCAGAGGUUAGAGCAGUGCUUCUACCGUUCUACGUCUUCUACCUUUGAAUUUCAAAGGGUUUGGACAUACAUGGCCGAAUCUAUAUAAACGAACAAGGGAUUAACGCACAGUAUAGUGGGCCCUCAAAACAUUCUUUUGCAUAUGUUGAAUGGUUAAAAGAAGAUGACAGAUUUUCAGAUAUACUAGUUCAGACAUCUCCUGCGUUUAACGGGCAUGCCUUUCCCAAACUGAAGCUGCGAUAUAAGCCUUCACUUGUACAAGCAAUCGACCAAAGGGUCAGCGUUGGCGCGGGGAGUGCGUGGUGAGUUUUGGAGGUAAAAAGCCAACAAUUUUCAACAUGCCUCGUUACAAAGAAGAUCCGCCAGCAGUUCGCGUCUAUACAGUCUCUGAUUUAAUCCAGGUCAAUCCUAUCCUUGUUUACUUACCAAUUGUUUCCAGUUGAAGAAUUCAAGUUCAUUUUAUUUCACCAACAAAUCAUCAAAAAGUCUUACAAUUGAAACUGUUGAAGCUAAAAUCUAUCUUGCCACAAACACAACCAAAAAUGAAAUUGAAUUGUUGGUUGACAGAUAUUUGAUUGUGAGGAACGUUCCCGCUUUGGGAUGUGGCGAUGAUUUGCUGAAACUCUUUGCUAAUUACGGAGACGUUGAAGAGUAAAUGUAAACCAAUGGAUGCAGAAGAUUGUGAGCAAUUUACUGAUGUUUAUUGGAUCAAAUUUCGACUCAUUAGCAAUGCCAGGUUUGCGAAGAGAAAAUUGGACGAGUUUGUGUUCUUGGGGAAUCAUUUGCUGGUCUCAUAUGCUCCUCAAUUUGAAAGCCUUGAUGACACCAAAGAUAAGUUAGAAGGCAGAAGGAAAGAAAUCCUUGCAAGACUGAAUUCUCAAAGAUCUAAAGGGCAUCCAGUUCAUCGCGUGCUCUCUUCCAAUGAGGCUCCAUCACUUCCUGCUUCAUCUCAUCAUAUUCCUAACCAGAUUAAUAAUCGACUGAGGGAUGUUGGGGAUGCAGAGUUCAGGUCUCACAGUAAUAAUGCUCGAAUAACAAGAGUGUCAUCUGACAAGGACUACUUCCCUUCCCGGUCGAUGAAUCAGACGGUUAAAACGGUUAGGGACAAACUCAAUAAGAUUCAAUCAAGCACUGAACAUUUGCAAGCCGGACCUACACCCAAGAAAACACGAGUGGACAAUAGAAGAAGAAUCUGAUCAACCUUACAAGUUAGUCUUUCUAGUUUUUGUUAAAUUCGCUCUAAUGAAAUAGAGAAGGAAUGGAAUGGUAUUCGGUGGGAAUUGAAUAGAGAUAUCAUGCAAUUUGGUUGGGUGGAAUGUAAUAGAUGAGGAAUAGAGUAAUACAAUGUUUGGGUUACAGAAUAUGCAAAGAAUAAACAAAAAUGUCAAUUUUACCCUUUAUUAUAAAAUCAUAUUUUUAUUUUA